AGGAAUGAAAAUUUAAAAGAUGCCAGACCUACUUUUGUGGGUAUUUACUUCCUGUAAGGUGUUGCAGGGCACACCAUUCUGUGUUAGAACAUGCCAGAAUCUGAUGAAUAAUUUUAUUUAUAGCAAUUGUUGACACCAUAACAACAACAAGGAAUAAAUAUGGCAAAGCAGAUAUCUCAAGAGACCUUUGAUGAUGUUGUCAAGGAGAAUAUCGAAGAUUUUGAAAUGUCAGUAGUGGAAGCCGUAGCUGAUGCUGUACAGCAGUUUGAAUCUCAGGGUGUAAACCUUAGCAUGAUUAUUAGAGAUGCGAGUCUGUACAGUCCAGAUGGUCAGAAGAGUGUACAUCCAGUGAUCGAGGCUCUCAAAGCUUUGUCUCUAGAUGCUGAUCAAGGUGCACAGAACAGUGAUCCAAACAAACAACUAGAUAUUGUUAAACAAGAAUGUGACUUAGACUUGUCAAGAAGAUGUUUUGCUGGAAAAAAUAAUGCAUACCAAGUUCUGCUGAAAUCUUUAAAGAGGUUUAGAACAGCUAAUAAAGAAAUGUUCGUGAAGACAUUAGAAACAAUGUGUUCACUCUGCAAUGGUCAGCCAGAUUUGCUUGAUGAAGAAGGUGCAGAAUAUUUUAUGGACAUUAUGAAAGAUGACAAAAAUGAUGAAACGGUUAUUGCACUUACAGUCAAACUUGUACGAUUAAAUUGUAUUAAACAUGAAACAAACAGGAAAAUGUUUGUUAAAAAUGAUUUAAUAAAAGAACUGGUAAGGGUUCUAACUUCAAAUAAGAAAUCCCCAACUAUAGUGAAAGAAGUGGCUUAUGGACUGCGGGUUUUAACACAGGAUGAUGAUGUUCGAGUCCCAUUUGGUUCUGCCCACGAGAAUGCCAAACAGAUUGUGAUUGAAGGUGAUGCACUCAGGCAGCUGCUGGCAAUAUGUUCAGAUUAUACCAGUGAUGUUAAUGUUCAAGGGGAGUUGUUCUCUACACUCAGCAAGCUCGUUGUUAGGGACGAAUUUUGUACGGAAGUGAAGGACCUUGGUGGACUGGAGCUCAUUUUGAAAUCCUUCCAAACAAACCUCACACAAAAGGGCAUUGUGAGGCAAGCGCUUGAAUUAUUGAAAGCUCUUGCAGGAAAUGAUGACAUCAAAAUUGCAAUUGUGAAGUCUGGGGGUGUACAACUGAUCCUAGCAGCCAUGACACAGCAUCAAGGAAAUCCUCAGAUAGCUGCUGCAGGAUGCCAGACUCUUGCUGCCAUUGUUUUAAGACAGCCAGCUCACUGUUCUGUUGUGAUAGAAAAUAAUGGACAUCAUGUGAUCCUUCAGGCAAUGAAAGUUCAUCCAAAUGAUGAAAGUGUUCAGAAACAGGCAUGUAUGGCAAUAAGGAACAUCGUAGCAAGAACGAGAGAUCACUGUGCUGUUUUACUAGAGCUUGGUGCCGAGGAGUUGAUCAAUCGUGCUCGUAACCUAAAAUCUUGUGAAGACGAGGCUAAAGCUGCACUCAGAGAUUUAGACUGUCAAGUGGAUCUUAAAGAAAGGUGGACUGGAGAGAAAGGCAGUCUUCCUCAAACAGCAUAUUGAUAUGACAUAGAGAAUGAGCACUCAUUACAUUUGAAAAAAGUGAUAUUAUUUAUAUUGCAUUCUUCAUUUUGUUUAGUUUAGCUUGAAAGUAUGGUUUAUCAUGUGUUUGUAACUAUGAAAAUAUUCUUUUCUGGUAGCAGAAGUCCAUGGGAUGAUACAGUCUCAUAUCAUAGACAGUGAUGGGAUAAUUCACUACCAAUUUUGAAAUGAAUCUGAUGUGAUUGUUGUAUCAUGUCUGCACAUGUGACAUUGAGCAGAAAAGUGUUCAUCCACAAAUGAGGGAAGGUUUUCAGUAGUGUUAAUGCUCACUAUUUGACUGAAAAUAUAUACUUUGUAUAGAAGUAUAUGUGAAGAAGUUACAACAAUUGUAUUGCUAUUGAGCAGGUACAAAAACACAUGGACUGCACUAAAAUAAUCAGUAUGAUCUUGAUUUUCUUCAGUUACCGGUACCUGCAUUUCUCGCUAUAUUACAGUCUGUGAUAUGUUCUCUUAUUUUUUACAUUUUUAUGAGUAUUUUUUAUUUGUCAGCAACAGAUGUUUUUCUGUAUUCUGAAAUAAUCAGUUGUGUUUUAUUAUGCUCCACUAAAAAUUUGAAGGUGGGUGGGUGGGGUUAUGAGGUUGGUUAAAAGUACAUGUAGUUGUAUUUUUGAGUCGGCUAAAGGCUGAAAGCCUUUUGAGGAGUCUUUGCUAUCCAACGAUUCUCUAAAUGGACCGAAUAACAUGUGAAGGGAUGUAGUUCCAUUAGAUUUCUCAAAUUUCAAACAGUUCACUGCAUGAAUGAAGUUAAGUUGUGUCAAUUCCCUUUGCUAUGACCAAUAUACGAUGUAAUCUGUCAUAUUUAUGACUUGUAAUUGUACAAUUCUCGAAUGUAACUCAUUAAGCAUAAAUGUGCAUUUUAAGAAUUGCGCAGGCUUACAAAGCUUGGGUAACAUCCAGCGAAAGACAAAAAAUAGUUCCAGCAGGGCUCCAGAUAAGAUGCGUAUUAGCAUAAAUUAUGUAUAGAAAUAAUGCAAAUACGCAUGUCUAAUAAUUUCUAAGGGUAUAAGAACGUUUAUAAAAUUACAGAAACGCACACAAUGCUUUUUUAAAAACAAAAUCUGAAUCGUCUGGAUGCGUUAGGUAACAUAGCCGAUCAGCCUUAAUUCUCCCACAUUGAACGUAAACACGCAUCGUAUGAUUUCUAUAAACUUUGCGUGGGUUGAAUUUUGCAGUCAGUAAACGGAUAAAGUAUCGGAAGAAGAAGCUCUUAUUGGUUUGUUUAGUUACUAUUGAUAUUAAAAAUGAUUUUAAUUCUUAUUUUUCGAGAAAUAAACAAAUUGGCGAAACAUUAAAUUGUAUUUUCUUGUAGUUUUUGAAAUCGAAAGUAGAUCGUCUAUGUUUGACGAAACGAAACAACUUUUUUAUGAAAAGAUUUAAAUAAGAGGUAAUUUAACCGUAAAUUUCAAUGUCAGAUACUGCCAAUUGCUGCUAAAUGUCUUCGUAUCAUCACAAUUUGUAAAAUAUACUGUUCAAACUGGAGAAAAGUGUAAUCGUAUCCGGAUAUAAUAUUUUGGGUAAAUAUCGAGCUGUGUUAUGAAAUUUUAAGAAAAAAACUAAAAACAAACUGAAACUGGUAGACUAUACUGUCAGUACAUCAAUCAUUAGCCGACUCAGGCCAUUCAGGCCUUUGAUUUAGCUCACCUGAGCCAAAGGCUCAGGGUGAGCUAUUGUGAUCACUCACCAUUCGGCGUCCGUAAACUUUUACUUUUAACGACAUCUCCUCAUAAACUGCUAGGCCAAUUUCAUCCAAACUUCACAGGAAUGUUCCUUGUGAGAAGCUCUACAAAAAUUGUUCAAAGAAUUUAAUUCCAUGCAGAACUCUGGUUGCCAUGGCAACUGAAAGGAAAAACUUUAAAAAUCUUCUUCUCAAAAACCAGAAGCCCUAGAGCUUAGAUAUUUGGUGCGAAGCAUUGCCUAGUGGAGCUCUACUAAAUUGUUCAAAUCAUGAAAAUUGACCCCGCCCGAGGGGUCAUGAUUUUACAUAGGAAAAUCUUAAAAAAUCUUCUUCUCAAAAACCAGAAGCCCUAGAGCUUAGAUAUUUGACAUGUAGCAUUGCCUAGUGGACCUCUACUAAAUUUGUUCAAAUCAUGACCCCGGGGUCAAAAUUGACCCCGCCCCAGGGGUCACUUGAUUUUACAUAGAUUUCUAUAGGAAAAUCUUCAAAAAUUUCUAAAAAAUAAACCAGAAGGCAUAGAGCUUAGAUAUUUGACAUGUACCCUUGCCUAGUUGACCUCUACAAAAUUUGUUCAAAUCAUGACCACUGGGGUCAAAAUUGACCCCGCCCCAUGGGUCACUUGAUUUUACAUAGGAAAAUCUUAAAAAAAAUUCUAAAAAUAAACCAGAAGGCCUAGAGCUUAGAUAUUUAAUGUGUAGCAUUGCCUAGUGGACCUCUACAAAAUUUGUUCAAAUCGUGACACCCGGGGUCAAAAUUGACCCCUCCCCAGGGGUCACUUGAUUUUACAUAGGAAAAUCUUCAAAAAAUUUCUAAAAAUAAACCAGAAGGCCUAGAUCUUAGAUAUUUGAUAUGUAGCAUUGCCUAUUAGACUUCUACAAAAUUGUUCAAAUCAUGACCCCCGGGGUCAAAUUGACCCCGCCCCAUGGGGUUACUAGAUUGUACAUAGAAAAAUCUUCACAAUUUUCUAAAAAUAAACCAAAAAGCCUAGAGCUUAGAUAUUUGACAUGUAGCAUUGCCUAGUGGACCUCUACAAAAUUUAUUCAAAUCUUGACCCCCCAGGGUCAAAUUGACCCAGCCCCAGGGGUUACUUGAUUGUACAUAGGGAAAUCUUCAUAAAUUUGCUAAAAAUAAACCAGAAGGCUUAGAUCUUAGAUAUUUCAUAUGUAACAUUGCCUAGUAGACUUCUACAAACUUUGUUCAAAUCGUGACCCUUGGGGUAAAAUUGGCCCUGCCCCAGGGGUUACUUGAUUGUACAUCGGAAAAUUUUCCAAAAAAUUUCUAAAAAUCAUCAGUUUGACAUUUAAAACAUGUAGCUCAUAUUACUCAGGUGAGCGAUCCAGGGUCAUCAUGACCCUCUUGUUAAGAUACAGCCUUGAAUUUUAGAUGACAUACACAGUUUUGCACACAAAUCGUAAAACUGAAUUUCAUUGACCAUGAAUGUGACCUUUUGACUUUCUUAAUAUUUUAUCAUCAGUUUGACAUUUGAAACAUGUAGCUCAUAUUACUCAGGUGAGCGAUCCAGGGUCAUCAUGACCCUCUUGUUACCAAAUUGUAAUACAAGUAAAAAAAAAAAAUAAUAAUAAUAAUUCAGUAAUUAUAAAUUUACUUCUUUUUCUGGUGUUUUGAUGUGCACCAGAUAAAAAUGUAAACAGAUCAUUUGACAGUAUUUUGAGUACAGUUAAACACAGCAAAACAUAAAUAGAUUGAAUACUUUCAUUAUAAUUGUUGUAAUCCAAAAAACUUCAGACUGUAUGAAAUCUCCUGUAAAAUGUAUUUGAAAUCUCUGUGCUCUUUUAGUUGCUGGGUAGUAAGUUGUGAUUAAAUGAUGGGAUUUUAGAUUUAUAGCAAAAAAAAAAAUAUAUCAACUUGCAUCAUAUUCAUUAAUGAGUUUAAUAACAUUCAGAUGUUUUUAGCUUGCCUGAACUCUGUCAAGGGUUGCUGUUGUGUUUGGUAAUGUAUAUUUUUGUAAAUCAUACGGGUAGGAUAAAUGCGUUUUAUAUACAAACAAUGAAGUGUCAUUUUUACAGAAGGAUCAGAAAACGAGUCUCCACAAUAGAGCUAAAAGUGGAUAGUCCAUUGUCCAUCACUUUCAGUUUUACUUGAAGGGCAAGGAAUAUCUGACUUUAAGCUGAUUUAAUAUCAAAGCCACCUGAGAGAAUUUUUUAAAAUUGGAUCACUGUUGAAAAAGAUAUGGUACUUUAAAAUUUAAGAAAAUGGCUGAUCAUGGACGCAUCCAUUUUUGUGUGUGACGUCAUUUAAGUAGGUUAAUUGUGCCCCCCCAUGAGUGGUGGGGGCAUAUAGAUUUGGUCUUGUCCGAGCAUCCGUGCGUCCGUCCGAAGUUCGUGAUACACCUAGCUCGAAAAGUAUUUGAUAUAGAUUCAUGAAACCUUGCAUGAGUCUUUAUCAUGAUAUGAACUUGCGCACCUCCUAUUUUUUAUCUGGCUCUGCCCUCUAUUUUCAGAGUUAUGGCCCCUGAAAUAGUCAAAAAUGCACAUUUUUACCUUGUGAUGCCUAGCUCAAAAAGUAUUUGAUAUAGAUUCAUGAAACCUUGCAUGAGUCUUAAUCAUGAUAUGAACUUGCGCACCUCCUAUUUUUUAUCUGGCUUCGCCCCCCAUUUUCAGAGUUAGGGCCCCUGAAAUAGUCAAAAAUGCACAUUUUCACCUUGUGACAUGCCUAGCUCAAAAAGUAUUUGAUAUAGAUUCAUGAAACCUUGCAUGAGUCUUAAUCAUGAUAUGAACUUGCGCACCUCCUACUUUUCAUCUGGCUCCGCCCCCUAUUUUUAGAGUUAUGGCCCCUGAAAUAGUCAAAAAUGCACAUUUUCACCUUGUGACAUGCCUAGUUCAAAAAAUAUUUGAUAUAGAUUCAUGAAACCUUGUAUGAGUCUUAAUCAUGAUAUGAACUUGUGCACCUCCUAUUUUUCAUUUGGGUCUGCCCCCUAUUUUCAGAGUUAUGGCCCCUGAAAUAGUCAAAAAUGCACAUUUUCAUCUUGUGACAUGCCUAGCUCAAAAAGUAUUUGAUAUAGAUUCAUGAAACCUUGCAUGAGUCUUAAUCAUGAUAUAAACUUGCAAACCUCUUAUUUUUCAUUUGGGUCCGCCCCCUAUUUUUAAAGUUAUGGCCCCUGAAAUAGUCAAAAAUGUACAUUUUCACCUUGUGACGCACCUAGCUCAAAAAGUAUUUAAUAAAAAUUGUUGAAAACUUGCAUAAGUCUUUAUCAUGAUAUAAACUUGCACAUCUCUAAUUUUUUGGCUGGUUCCACCCCCUAUUUUUAAAGUUAUGGCCCCUGAAAUAGUAAAAAAAUGCACUUUUCAUCUAAUUAUGUGUCUAGCUCAAAAAGUAUUAGAUGUUAAUUCAGGAAACCUUGCAGGAGUCUUUAUCAUGAUGUGGCCUUGCACACUUGGCAUUCUUCUUGAGAAUCUUACUCUUAUUACAGAGUUAUGGCCCUUGAAAUAGCCAAAAUAGUAGGUUUUUUGAAUAGAAUAAUGAACCCUUUUCAUAAAAUGUUUGUUGAGGCUAAUACCCCAUUAAGAAUGCAAACAUUUGAAUUAUUGCCCCUUAUUUGUGACAAAUGUACCAGUGGGGGGCACACCCUGUGUCCUACAGACACAUUCUAGUUUGAAAUGUUUCUUGUGUUUAAGAUGUAAAACAUGGUAAUCUCUUUCAUUAUAGAUGCUUAAGUUAGAGAAAUUAUUUUACAGAAAUAAGGAAGUACAGUUGUAAUCAGUAUCUAGAAAUUUAAUAAUUCUGCCAUCUUGUGUAAAGUUGCAUUGAAAAAUUAAAUAUUGAAAUGUUCAUAA